GUAAAGGGAGGUUACGUCAGAGUCAUUUUGACAAGCAUGAGGCGCAUACUCAGUACGAGUUUAUUGAGACAUUUCACCCUGUUUGGUAGAAAUCCCUGCUCUCGUAUUGACCUGACUGUGGGCGGACGGAGCGUUUUAGCUCUACGUUUCUGCAGUAAAACGACAAGUGACCGCAGCGACAUGGAUCUGAGUAACAUGAGGAAGAAAUACAAAGGAGAUGAGGAGUGCUUUGAGGAGAGUCAGCUUGUGUCUUUGGAUCCCAUCAAGGAGUUUGGAAACUGGUUCGAUGCAGCGACCAAGUGCCCUGAAAUUGGAGAGGCCAACGCCAUGUGCAUCGCCACAGCCACCAAGGACGGACGUCCGUCUGCUCGUAUGGUCCUCCUGAAAGGCUACAGCCACGAAGGUUUCCGUUUCUUCACCAACUACGAGAGCAGAAAGGGUGUCGAGUUGGAGAGUAAUCCAUACGCAUGCCUGGUUUUCUACUGGGAACCACUUAACAGACAGAUCCGUAUUGAGGGCUCGGUGGAGAGGAUCCCUUACCAGAGCUCCUGCGAAUAUUUCCAUUCUCGGCCGAAGAGCAGUCAGAUCGGGGCUGUUGUGAGCCGACAGAGUACUCCGGUUCCUAACAGAGAUUAUCUAAGGCAGAAAAAUGCUGAACUGGAGGAGAAGUACAAGGACACCGAGGUGCCAAUGCCCGACUACUGGGGUGGCUACAUGGUCAAGCCUUACUUGAUUGAGUUCUGGCAGGGUCAGACCAACAGACUCCACGACCGCAUCGUUUUCACCAAGGUGAAGGAGGGAGAGGAGCCGGGGGAGUUCCAGCACGAAGCUGAGGGAGGCUGGGUGUACCGGCGACUUUCUCCGUGAGAAAUACCUCCACGGGUGUUUCAUCCAGAACAUCAUGAACUUUAAAAGUAACCAACGUGUAAGAGUGCUGCUGGAAAACCAUUUGAUGUUCGUUAAAUCUGUGUCGAAUGUGCCUGUGGAGUCUUUGACAUGAACCAUCCAAACGCUGUAGGCUGAUGCAACCUGACUGUACGGUGCAACGUCACGUUUUCUUUGGGUUUCAUAAAAAGAAACGACGAGCGUUUGUCUCCCCGAGAAACAAACCGUCUCCAUCACAUAAUGAGCCAGAGUUGGUUGUUAUUCAGAGUACAAGCAGUGUCUUAAUAUCUUUUAAAAAAAAAAAAAAAAGCACAGUUUUUUUUUCCAAGUGCAGGUAUUUUUGCAGAAGUAUUCACACCCUUCAACGACGUUCACAUUUUCUCUCAUUAAAUCUAAAAAAAAAAUUAAAUAAAUCUGUGUAAUUUACUGGACUUUUACGUGAUGGAUCAACCCAAAGUGGUGCAUAAUUGUGAAGCGAAGAAUUACUUUGCAAAUAAAAAAAAAUGUGAGAAAUGU